GAGACAGAUGAGCUGUAUAUUGUUUCACAGUUUUUUGUAGAAGAAUGGAGGAAAUUUGUCAGGAGGCCGACGCGAUGCAGCCCCGUGUCCUCCGUAGGGAACAGCGCUCUUCUCUGUCCCCACGGGGGUCUCAUGUUCACCUACUCUUCCAUGACCAAAGAAGACUCCAAACUUAUAGCUCUAAUAUGGCCCAGUGAGUGGGAGAGGAUUCAAAAACUCUUCGUGGUGGAUCACAUCAUCAAAAUCACCCGGACACAAGCAGGGGCCGACCCUGAGAGUGCACUUUACAUCUCUGAGCCCCAACUCUGUCCAGAGUGCAGAGAAGGGCUGUUGUGCCAACAGCAACGGGAUUUGCGUGAGUACACCCAAGCAACCAUCUACAUCCAUAAAGUGGUGGAUAAUAAAAAGGUAAUGAAGGACGCUGCUCCGGAGCUGAACGUGAGCAGCUCAGAAGCUGAAGAGGAAAGGGAGGAAAACAAACCAGAGGGGGAACAAGACCCAGAUUUUAACCAGACCAACGGUGGCACGAAGCGCCAGAAGAUCUCACACCAGAGCUACGUCGCUUACCAAAAACAAGGCAUCAGGCGAAGCACCCGCCACCGGAAAGUCAGAGGGGAGAAAGCAUUGCUUGUUUCUGCAAACCAGACUCUGAAAGAGCUGAAAAUACAGAUCAUGCAUGCAUUUUCAGUUGCUCCCUUCGACCAGAAUUUAUCGAUCGACGGGAAGUUACUGAGCGAUGACACGGCGACGCUGGGCAGCCUGGGAGUCAUCCCCGAGUCUGUCAUUUUAUUAAAG